AUGUCUACUCCAUUCUUUGUCAGUGCUCCGGGCAAAGUCAUCAUCUUUGGUGAACACUCAGCAGUAUAUGGGAAACCGGCCAUCGCUGCUGCGCUCUCGCUAAGAGCAUAUCUUCUAGUAACACCUUCGCAGGACCCAGACACCAUCAACCUCCUGUUCCCUGACAUCAACUUAACCCAUUCAUGGAACAAAAACGACAUCCCCUGGGACAGCAUUGUCAAGCACAUCAACUUGGUCGACAACUUGCCUCAGACAUCUGAGGAACUCGUUCCCGAAAUCGUAGAUCAGCUUGGUCUGGUGUUGGCAGAUUUGAACCUGUCGCUACACUAUACAGCAUGCUUGUGUUUUCUCUACUUGUACACCCAUCUUUGCAACCAAGAACUUGCAGGUAUGUCCUUCUGCAUCCGUUCAACGUUGCCGAUUGGCGCAGGACUUGGCUCGUCGGCUCUGACAGCUGUGUGUUUGGCAUCUGCAUUGGCCAUUUUGGGAAAUCGGGUUACUUCAGCUUCGUUCUUGCAAACUGACAAAAUCCUUAAAAAAGAGAACAACGACUUGGACUUUAUAGACAGCUGGUCCCUCAUGGGAGAAAAGUGUUUCCACGGUAAUCCUUCAGGAAUUGACAACGCUGUGGCUACCCAUGGUGGUGCUGUGAUGUUCCAGAGAAUGAACAACCCAGCCCAACCCUCUGUUCGGACGUCAAUGAGAAACUUCCCUGCUAUAAAGUUGCUUCUUACCAACACUAAGGUUCCUCGUAGUACAGCGGAUCUCGUAGGAGGUGUGGGAAAAUUGAAUGUAGAAUACCCCAAAACGUCUAAUUCCAUCUUGGAAGCAAUGGAACACUUGAGCAACACUGCUUACCAAAUUAUGGUGAGACCAUUUUUUGGUGCUGAAGAAAGGAAAAAGCUCCGAGAGUUGGUCAACAUCAACCACGGCCUCUUGGUAGCAUUGGGAGUAUCGCAUCCUUCGUUGGAAAAGGUCAAAAUCAUUACUGACACGAGCAAGUUGGGCUCCACCAAGCUCACAGGUGCUGGAGGAGGUGGAUGCGCCAUCACUCUUGUAGAUGAAGAUGUUUCCGAGGCUGACAUUGCUCAAGGAAUUGCAGAGUUGGAAAAGGAAGGGUACGAAUGCUUUGAAACCUCGUUGGGUGGAAAGGGUGUAGGCUCAUUGUCGUUUGAAGAUGUUCCUCAAGAAUUGAGAUCAACUGUAUUUUCUCCAGAAAAGUUCUGUGCUUAUUCCGACCGCAUAGAGAUAGAAAAGGUUUUAAGCACCAAUGCCCUUGAAGGAUGGAGAUACUGGUGA